CUACUGGAUGGCUUGGAUGCUCUGGUAUACGACCUCGACUUCCCUGCCCUUAGGAAAAACAAGAGCAUUGACAACUUCUUGAAUAGAUAUAAAAAAACUAUUAGUAAAAUAAGGGAUUUGCGAAUGAAAGCAGAAGACUAUGAGGUGGUUAAAGUUAUUGGAAGAGGUGCAUUUGGAGAGGUUCAGUUGGUAAGACACAAAUCCACACAUAAAGUAUAUGCCAUGAAGCUGCUGAGCAAGUUUGAGAUGAUCAAAAGGUCAGAUUCCGCUUUCUUCUGGGAAGAGAGGGACAUAAUGGCUUUUGCCAACAGUCCGUGGGUUGUGCAGCUCUUUUUUGCAUUCCAAGAUGACCGCUACCUCUACAUGGUGAUGGAAUACAUGCCUGGUGGGGAUCUGGUUAACUUGAUGAGCAACUAUGACGUCCCAGAGAAGUGGGCCCGCUUUUACACAGCAGAGGUGGUGCUUGCUCUGGAUGGAAUCCACUCCAUGGGUUUCAUUCACAGAGAUGUAAAGCCUGAUAACAUGUUGCUCGACAAAUCGGGUCACUUAAAACUUGCAGACUUUGGAACGUGCAUGAAAAUGAAUGAGGAUGGAAUGGUACAGUGUGACACAGCAGUUGGAACUCCAGACUACAUUUCACCAGAGGUACUGAAAUCCCAAGGAGGAAACGGGAACUAUGGAAGAGAGUGUGACUGGUGGUCAGUGGGGGUGUUUCUUUAUGAGAUGCUUGUUGGCGAUACUCCCUUCUAUGCAGACUCAUUGGUGGGGACUUAUAGUAAAAUCAUGAACCACAAGAAUGCCCUGACCUUCCCAGAUGACAGUGACAUUUCCAACGAUGCCAAGAAUCUCAUCUGCGCUUUCUUGACUGACAGGGAAGUUCGGCUCGGCCGGAAUGGAGUCGAUGAGAUUAAGAGGCAUCCUUUCUUCAAAAAUGACCAGUGGACAUGGGAAAACAUCAGAGAGACCGCUGCCCCUGUGGUGCCUGAACUGAGCAGUGACACUGACACCAGUAACUUUGAUGAUAUCGAGGAGGACCGAGGAGAGGAGGAGACCUUCCCCAUACCGAAGGCCUUUGUGGGCAAUCAGCUCCCUUUUGUCGGCUUUACAUAUUACAGCACUCAGCAUCAUUUGCGUGGUCCUGCUGCCUCAAAGACGAGUGACAAACGUAGCAGUUCAACGAAAGAGGACAAGAGUCACUUGGAGAACCUGCAAAAACAGAUCUACCAACUACAGGAGCAACUCCACAUUGAAAUGCAACAAAAAGAUGAGCUGGAACAGAAAUGCAGGACGUCAAACACAAAGAUGGAGAAGAUUAUGAAGGACUUGGAUGAGGAGGCGAACCUGAGGAAGAGUGUAGAAGCCAGCAUGUCUCUGCUGGAAAAAGACAAGAUUAUGCUGCAGCACAGAGUCACAGAGUAUCAAAGAAAAGUUGACCAGGAGGGAGAGAAGAGGCGCAAUUUAGAGAAUGAAGUGUCAACUUUAAAGGAGCAGCUUGAAGAUAUGAAGAAGAUCAGCCAGAACUCACAGGCCUCAAAUGAUAAGAUUGCCCAACUGCAGAAGCAGCUGGAGGAGGCAAACGACUUGCUGCGUGCAGAGUCAGACACAGCAGCAAGACUGAGGAAGAGCCACACAGAAAUGGCAAAGUCGAUGAGCCAACUGGAGACUAUGAACCGUGAGCUGCAGGAGAGGAGCCGGGCGGGAGACGGAGAGAAGGCACAGCUGGAGAAGGAGCUCCUGCUACUUCAGAGCACGCUGGAGUCAGAGCGAAGGAACUACAGUCAGGGAUCAGAGGAGAUGAGGGAACUGCAAGCGAGAUUGGCUGGACUGCAAGAGGACAACAAAAACUUGAAGAUCAAUCUUUCUAAAGUGGAAGGGGAACGUAAGCAUGCCCAAGAAAGGAGCAACUACCUUGAGAAGGAAAUGAACGGUUUGGAGAUUGACCUGAAUUACAAGCUGAAGACCCUCCAGCAGCGCCUGGAGCAGGAGCAGACAGAGCACAGAGUGACCCGGGCACAGCUCACUGACAAAUACGAAUCUAUUGAAGAAGCCAAAUCAGCUGCUAUGAUUGCUGUUCAGCAGAAGAUGGGAGAGGAGACUGGAGCCAGGAUAAGGGCAGAAGGCCGGGUGGUGGAGGUUGAGAAGCAGUGCUCAAUGUUAGAAUUUGACCUGAAGCAGUCGGUGCAGAAAAUGGAGCAGUUGAUGAAGCAAAAAGAAAGGCUGGAAGACGAGGUGAAAAGUCUGCACAUACAUCUGGAACAGGAGUCAAAUAAGCGAGUCAUUGCCCAGAAUGACUUGAAGAGCCGCACUCAGGAUGUUGACCGCCUACGGUGUUCAGAGAAGCAGCUCAAGCAGGAGAUCAACACCGUGCUGGAAAGCAAACGCUCUCUGGAGUUCCAACUGGCACAGCUGACAAAGCAGUACAGAGGCAACGAGGGACAGAUGAGGGAACUUCAGGACCAGCUUGAAGCCGAACAGUAUUUUUCUACACUUUACAAAACUCAGGUUAAGGAAUUAAAAGAGGAGAUAGAAGAACGGAACAGGCAGUUACAAGAAGCACAGAAGAAGGUGCAGGAUUUGAUAAGUGAUAGGGAUUCAUUGUCUGCUCAACUGGAUCUGACGGUAACCAAGGCCGAGUCUGAGCAGCUCGCUCGGGCUCUUCAGGAAGAGCAGUACUUCGAACUCAGCCAAGAGAACAAGAAAGCAACAGCUAGGCACAAGCAAGAGUUGGGAGAAAGAGAGGCCACUAUUGCACGGCUUGAGGAAUCAAAUAAAACACUGACCAAAGAUGUGGAGACCCUCAGCAAAGAUAACACAGAGCUGAGUGAGAAGCUUCGUCUUAAGGAGGAAGAAUAUGUCUCACAGAAGGAAGAGAUCAUGGCUUCAAUCAAAGCCAACUAUGAGAAGGUGCUCCAAACAGAGCGCACACUGAAGACUCAGGCUGUCAACAAGCUGGCAGAGAUCAUGAAUCGUAAAGAUAUGAAGCUUGACCAGAAGAAGAAAGGUAGCACUGCAGAACUGCGCAAGAAGGAGAAAGAGAACCGCAAGCUUCAGCAAGAACUCAAUCAAGAGAAAGAGAAGUUUAACAGCAUGGCCAUCAAGUACCAGAGGGAGGUCAAUGAUAUGCAGGCGCAACUUGCAGACGAAUUCACACAUCGCAACGAGCUGCAGAUGCAGUUGGCUAGCAAGGAAAGUGACAUCGAGCAGCUCCGCGAGAAGCUGAACAAUUUGCAGCAAAGAAUGGAGAAUUCAAGCAUCACCAGCUUGCAGACUGAUGAAACGGACAGUAAUCCUGCAGGUAGGAGUUUAUCUUUUAGAAGUAGGUAUCAAAUGACUGGAGAAUUAUACAAUUUAAGACUGAACAGUUACAUGAUUGAAUUGUCUGUGAGACCUGUCACCCAAGGGGACGUAUACCGCGCAGAAACAGAAGAGAUUCCUAGGAUAUUUCAGAUUCUAUAUGCCAAUGAAGGAGAGUGCAGAAAGGAGCUUGAGGAAGUUCCUGUCCCUCAGGGCGAAAAGACCAACUGUCUUGCACACAAAGGUCAUGAGUUCAUCCCCACACUAUAUCACUUCCCCUCCAACUGUGAGGCCUGCGCCAAGCCCCUGUGGCAUGUAUUCAAGCCGCCUCCGGCCCUGGAGUGCCGCCGCUGCCACGUGAAGUGCCACAGGGACCACCUUGACAAAAAGGAAGACGUUAUUGCUCCUUGCAAAGUAAACUAUGAUGUCACCUCUGCCCGGGAUAUGCUCUUACUGGCCGUGACCCAGGAGGAGCAAAAGAAAUGGAUCGGCCACCUUGGGAAAAAGAUCCCAAAGACCCCACCUUCAACAUUCUCCAGAGUCUCACCUCGUAGUAUGUUUACCCUGUGGCCGGUGCAUCAAUCCGUACCACGUCUUCUCCUUUCACUGAACAUCUUUGGCUACAGGACUCUGAACGACUUGCUUCAAAGGGCAGUAGCCCCCUUGAGGAGAAACUUGGUGAACAUCUUCUGA